AUGCAGAGCCGAACUUCCUUUACAAAUCAGACACCGCUUCCCACUACGGUAUCCGAGGAUGCCGUUCUACGAACCCUUCGCGACCACGCCGCCAUGAUCGAACAGAAUCCCCUAGUUAUUCAUUACGAACGAUGUGCACCCCCGGAAGACGCACCCGCAGACGAAGCCCACGGGAUCUGGUAUGAGCUGACGGACCGGAUUUCAUAUCUCCCGUGGGGUCUACUGCAAGGCAAAGUGCGAUAUCGAGGAUGUUUCCAUGAUACCCCACAAGGCCUUCGAACCCAUAUUUAUGCGCCUAUGGGGGUGCAUAUCCGCAAUCAUUGGACGGUGCAUCGCAGGCGCAGGGAGUCUUAUGCAGGCGAAGAUAAUCCAUUGGGUGAAUUGUACUUGCAGGAGGAGAUUGAACUUCGGUGUCCAUUCGGAACGACGAGUUUCGUGCGUCGCACGCUGUCGCAGGCACAUCGCGAGUUAGUGGCGCGACUGGCAGAUGCUGGAAGGGGUUGA